AUGAACCACGGCCAGGUGGCGCUCUGCACAGGUGAGGGUGUGAAAGAGAAGCUGUCCAUACGAGGUGACGGAGAAAAGGUAGAGGCCCGUCACCAUGGACCACAGCAUGCCGAAGAAAACGCCAACACAGAACAAAGCACAGCCCAACACGCCCACCGUCUCCAUGGCAACCAGGUGGUAGGUGAAGACGUCCGAGUGGCUCGUCGCCGCGGAAGCCGAGUGCCGGUUCUGCCGCCAUUGUUGGAGACCGAGGUGGAGGACGAGGAUGCAGAGAGGGAGGAGAAGGAGGAUGUCACGUGCCCUCGGGACUUCCCAAGCACCAUUGCGCCGCACUUGCGCAAUAGUGUAUUCUCGCCGAAUCUACUGCCUCGCCAGAGGCUCAGGCUCUGGGGCCCCGGCAGGCCGGCUACAGGGCCAGACCAGCGGCCAGAGGUGGAGGAGGAGGCCCGGGCCCACGUCGUCUCCGAGGGUGGCGACGUCACCAACGCCACCCUGGUGCUGAGCCGGUGGAGGGUCCAGUUCGGCCGGUACCAGGGCCAGACCUUCCACUGGCUCCUGGAGAACGACGUGGGCUAUGCCGUUAAUCUGGUUUCCUCUCACCAGAAGGAGCGAGAGAGGACAGGGUCUCAGUCCCCGCUGAUGGCCAACAAGGAUGCCUUCACCCGGUACUCCUCAGACUACCAGGACUUUGUGGAAGCCGUUAGGUUCCACAAUGCGUUUGAGGAGGCCCGGGUGAAGUCCCUCCAGCCUGGGCAGGUAAGAGCCAGUUUAACCACACUGUGUGCCUGCGUGUUGGACAUGGAUGAAACUGAGACUGAGACUGAUGCUGCUGCUUGUUGCUGCAGGUUGUCCUGUGACCUGAGGGUGGUUGCACAGCUGAAGUCCCGCACUCUUGGCAACAGUGCCACUCAGCUGUGCAACACCCUGCGGGAGACCCACGCUGACUCCUGGAUGCGGAGAGCGAUCCACUACCUCGGCGUGUGCGAGCAGUUCCUGGCCUUGUGCUCCGACUUUGUGGAAGCCGUUAGGUUCCACAAUGCGUUUGAGGAGGCCCGGGUGAAGUCCCUCCAGCCUGGGCAGGAGGGACAGGCCCUUGUUGGCUUCGGUGACUUCAAAUUUGAGACCCUGCAGAGCCUGUACGAGGCUGAGGACCCCAAGAAGAUCCGAUUCGUCAACUACCUGAGGAGGAAGGCGCCAGCUCCAGGCACGCAGAUGGAGAACGCCGUCCGCUACGGUCCCAGAGCUGCAUCCCAAUUUGCAGCCUUUGUCUCUGGCCGGCGUUCUCUCUCUGCGGUGGAAAUGCGGGCAAAGAUAAAGAAGCUGGUGGUGUCUAAGCCUGCAUUUCCAGCCUCCUCCAGACGAGCUCUUUCCUCAAAACCACCCGAGGACCCCACGGAUGAAGAGCUGGUCCAGGCAGUAGUUGACAAGAACUGGAAACCAAACACCUCAGCAGUACAGGCCCCUCUCUCACUCCUCCCUCCUCCUCCACCUCCUGUUACCUCCUCCCUGCCACGGGGGCAACAUGGAGAAACAGCAGGGCCAGAGGAGCCCACUGAUGAGGAGAUGCUGGAGGCCUCACAGGAGCCUCAUGCUCCUCUGGCCCAGGCUCCACCUCUGGCCCAGGCUCCACCUCUGGCCCAGGCUCCACCACCAGUCCAGGCUCCACCUCUGGCCCAGGCUCCACCACCAGCCCAGGCUACACCAGUGGUCCAGGCUCCACCACCAGCGGUCCAGGCUGCCCCACGGGUCCAGGCUCCACCACCACCACCACCUGCACUGACGGGGCAGAUGGCUGCCCCACCACCCCCUCCACCUGCUGGCAGUGCUGAGUUGCUCCCUGACUCCUGGAGAGCAGCUCUCACUGCAGAGCAGCAGCAGUGGAUCGGCCGGGUGCUGUUUUCCAGGGACAGCUCGGGGAGGCCACGGCUCAUCGGAGACCUGAACCUCUGGUGGUACCCUCCCCAGACCCGGCCGGUCUACAGUCAGCCUCCCGCGUCCCCCGACCCCUUCUUCGCAUGUCGGCUGUUCCUGUGGAUGCCACACAGGAUCUGGCGUCUGCAGCUGACAUGCCCCCAGCCUUCAUGCACAGGGUCCAUGAUGAAGGCUGGGCUGUACAGGACCAUCCGGAGGGUCCUGGACAUCGACGGCUGGUAUCUCAUGGCCACUGAGUACCUAGAGUGCCGUCGAUGUAAGAAGAAGGUCGGAGGCUGGUCACAGGGCAUCAUCAGGCAGCUGCCACACACCUACAGCUGCCAAUUUCCUGCUGUACUCACGUACAGGUUGUCCUGUGACCUGAGGGUGGUUGCACAGCUGAAGUCCCGCACUCUUGGCAACAGUGCCACUCAGCUGUGCAACACCCUGCGGGAGACCCACGCUGACUCCUGGAUGCGGAGAGCGAUCCACUACCUCGGCGUGUGCGAGCAGUUCCUGGCCUUGUGCUCCGUGAGGGGGCAGUUUCUACCACCGCCCCAGAUGCCCCCUCUGCCGUCAGCCGAGUGGCUGCUGACGGUCUACGGCUAUGACGUCCUGAUGCGGCUGGAGGAGUACAAGGCCAGGAUCACAUCCACCUUUGGAUCCAUCCUGAAGACGGAUUCAACCAAGAAGGUGACGAAGAAGCUCGCAGGUAUCGCCUCGGACACGGCCGCGUGGGUUACCAACGUCGGUAACGAGCAUGGGCAGGUCCUCAUCAGUGUCCUCACCUCCUCAGAGGGCUCUGAGGGCCUGUCCUGCAUGGCGGCCGGAUUGAUGAGGCGAUACCAGCACGCCGGGGUAGCUCCCCCCCAGCUCAUCUACGUAGACCGGGACUGCUGCAGCCGAGACGGCGUGUCCAAGACAGCUGCCUUAUUUCCAGAGUGGGGACAGCUGCUGGUGAGGCUGGACAUCUGGCUGGACACCUGAUGCGAAGCGCCGCAUCAGGUGUCACCACUGAGUCUCACCAGCUCUACCCCACUUUCAUGAGGCAGCUGUCUCAUUGCAUCUUCGAGGUGGACU